AAAAGAGUAUUGUAGGGCCAAUUUUCCCCCUCGCACUUAAUUAUUGCAGGGAUUAUCAUGCUGUUAUAUUUGUUAAACAUGACGCUUUAAAAUAAUUUGACACAGUAAGGAGAUAUUCGGUAGGCUGUUAAAAAAAAAGAGAGAUUUUCGGCAUUUUCAACUUUGCUUUAGAAAAAAAAAAUAGGCCACCUUGUCCAACAUGAUCAUACGCCACUUCUUAGAAGUGACAUAAAGUAGAGAGAGGUAAGGAAAGAAGAUGGAAGUAAAAAUGGUGAACGCCGGAAUCUGCAAUAACCUUGCACGAGAAUGGCAACCUUGCACAUGGCAGCUGAGAGAAGAGACGGGGAGAAAAAUAAAGUGAUCGGAGGAGAGAGGAGAGAAACGAAAACCCCAUUCCGCUCGCACCUCCGGGACCCCAAUCGUCGUCUACAGAGGAAGACAUUGUGAGAGGAGGAGAUAAGAGGAAGGGGCAGAUCUAUGGGCAACGCCAGGAGUACGGCUCGUGUGCUACCAUUUAAGACCCACGUUCCAGAUUUAGAAUGGAAGAUUCAGGACUUCUCAUUGCUACUUGAUUUGGGGGCUAAGUCAGCAACAUCUGCUGCUUUUCACUGCUCUGGGUUUGAAUGGUACUUGCAUGUGAAUCCAAUGCAUGAAAAUCCUGGUUCUGGAACUCCAUAUGUUGCUCUUUUUCUUAUGCUAUCAAGAAAAAAGUUGAAGCGAGGUGACACAGUGCAUGCUGUGUUUGAGUUGUCAAUAUACAACCAUUCAAAAGGAAUGUAUUGUGGAUGCCAAGCUAACUACAACUUCGAUUUCAAGAAUGACCGUUCGAAGAAGGAAUGCUUGAUUCCUCUUAAAGAGCUACUGAAAUCAUCCACUUUUUUAGUUGAUGACAUAUGUGUCUUUGGUGUGGAGAUAUUAAAAGUUGAUGUCUCGUCUCCUGAAGAGAAGGCUGUUGUGGUUCAGAAGAAGACUACCACAGUUCAGAACAUGUUUCUCCAGAACAAGGGAUUCAUCGAAGGGACAUACACCUGGACCAUAAACAAUUUCUCAGAGUUGGACUCUAAGCACUUCGUCCGUUCUCCUACAUUUGAAGUGGGCGGGCUUAAAUGGUACAUCGGCAUGUAUCCACGUGGUGACAAGUUCAGCACUGAUUCCCUUUCUCUGUUCUUGUAUGUGGAUGCCUCGAAGAAUCUCCCUCUCGAAUUUAAGAAUGUGGCUGUAAUGACUCUCUCGAUCCUGGACCAAAAGAAUGGGAAACACUUGACUAGAACAGCAGGUCUCUGGGUGUGUACAUACGGCUGGGGAUGGUCUGACUUCCUUGGACUCAAGAAACUCAAGGACCCGUCUGGAGGAUAUCUUGUAGGCUCGAACUGCGUUAUCAAGGCAGAUAUCACUAUUGUUGGGUCAUCCACUGAUGGCUAGAUCUAGCUCAUGGCCUGCUGAAGACAUAAUGCCCUUUCAUCUAGACUUAUAUAUAAGACAAUGUUGUGGUAGCAGUACUAAGAACUUGUGGGAUUAUUAGUAUUGACCUGGAUUCGAGAAGUGAGACAUCAUAUCUUACCUACUCCUAUAUAUUUCUCGGUCUACAUGUAUGGACGGAACAUAUGAUUUGUGAAGCACUUCCUUAUGCCUGGAUGAUGCAACUAUGUCAGUCAGCAUGUCUUUGCUACACCCAUGUUGGUUUUCAGUUGAAUCGUGUUAUCUCUCA